GGCCAAUCGGAACUGGGGAGCGUGUGGCCGGGGACGUGGCUGCUGCCGGGUCUCAGGGUCCGGUACGGGGUGCCCGCAGUGAACGAAGGGCCCGUGAAAGCGCCCGGGGGGACCCGCAGCUCAUUGUUAUUCAUACCCACAAAGCCCCGCGGGGGCCGGCCGCGCGCUGAGCCCGCCAUGGCCUAUCACCAGGGCUACGGGGGGCAAGGCUCCAAGCACCGAGGCCGGGGCCCCCUGGUCCCUCCUGCCCCGGACCCCCACCAGCUCUUCGAUGACACCAGUGCUGGUUUCCAACAUGCACAAGGCACCCCUGCCUCAGGAAUCGACAUGGGCUUCAACACCCUCCUGGCUGACCCAAUGGCUAACGUGGCCGUGGCCUAUGGCUCCUCCAUCGCCAGCCAGAGCAAGGACAUUGUCCACAAGGAGAUCCACAGGUUCAUGUCCGUGAACAGGCUCAAAUAUUUUUUCGCCGUGGACACUGCCUAUGUGACCAAGAAGCUGGCGCUGCUGCUCUUCCCGUAUGCACACAAGAACUGGGAGGUUCGGUAUAGCAGGGACACACCCCUGACGCCCCGGCAGGACAUCAAUGCGCCGGACCUGUACAUCCCCAGCAUGGCCUUUAUCACAUACAUCCUGUUGGCCGGCAUAGCCCUGGGCCUGCAGCAAAGGUUCUCCCCAGAGGUGCUGGGCAUGUGUGCCAGCACUGCCUUUGUGUGGGUCGUUAUUGAAGUCCUCGCCCUGCUCCUGAGUCUGUACCUAGUGACAGUGCAGAGCGACCUCACGCCCUUCGACCUGCUCGCCUACAGUGGGUACAAAUACGUGGGGAUGAUCCUGGCUGUGCUGGGGGGACUGCUCUUUGGCAGUGAUGGGUACUACGUGGCCCUUGCCUGGACAUCCUGUGCCCUCAUGUACUUCCUGGCACGCUCCCUGCGAAUGAAGCUGCACCCGUCCCUGGUGCCAGAUGGGAUGGGGCAUCCCAGGGGCGGUGGGCGUGGUCAGACCUAUGUCACCCUGGGGGCUGCUGCCUGCCAGCCACUGAUCGUCUACUGGCUCACCUUCCACCUGGUCCGCUGAGAUGGGGCAGCGUGGCGCCCUGGGGGACAGUCCGUCCCAGACACAUGGACUCCUGGGACGCCCCCAGACAUACAGGCACCCAGGACACACAUCCUCCAAUCCACAGCUUCUGGGGACCAUACACAACCUGAAGCAUGGACAUCUCAGACGCCCAUAUGGGAGCUGGCAGCCAGGACUCCUGGGUUCUAUCCCCAACUGGCUGGGUGACCUGAGGUGUGUCCCUUCUCCUGCCAGUGCCUCAGUUUCACCCUCACUUUGAAGGAGGGAUGAUAACACUAACCUGCCCUCUGGGACUUGCCCAGCCACAUCACCUCAGGUGCAGGGCCCUACCCCCCACCUCCCAUCUGCUGGUGGGUAUCUGGUCCCCCAGUCCCCUGGGAUGGAAAGUACCCCAAAAAAACAGUGUUUCCAGCAUAUCAGUGUUUUUCCGGAGAACUCCAUCAAAACCCAACACUUGGGGAGAGGGAAUAAAGAGUCCUGACUAACCAGCAGUCUGUGUGUCAGUGCUGGGCCAUGGUGCUGGGGGGAGCUGUGCAGCAGGGAGUGGGGCAGUGGCCCACUAGGGGGCACUUUGCCCUUGCAGCCCUGGCCCCAGUGCCCAGGCAUGGUACUAGGCGGGCUGUGGGGCAGGAAGCAGGGUGGGGACUCAGUAGGGGAGCAUUCUACCCUUGCAGGCAUUGUGGAGCCCGCUACACACAGCACUAGUACAGUGCCCCUCAAUCCCAACCUGAUGCCACUGCAAUUUCUGUCCCUUUCAUAGAACCAUAGAUUAUAUAUAUCAGAAUCAUAGAUAGGUAGGGCUGGAAGAGAGACCUAGACCAGCCUGCUGCUCUGAGCAGGACUGAGUACACCAGGGAUUGGUGGGAUCAUCUAGUCUGACCUCCUGUAUGACACAGGCCAUGGGACUGCCCUGAAUUAAUUCCUCUUUGAACUAGAGCAGAUACUUUGGAACAAAUCCAGUUUUGAUUUAAAAAUUGCAAUUGACGGAGAAUCCACCAAUCCUUAGGAAGUUGUUCCAUAUUUAAUUAUUAAAUUGUUAAACACUUGUGCCU